AGUGCAGCAGCUAUGGGAGGACAAACCAGCGUGGGCCGGUAGUGGGAGUCGAACAGUUGGUUAAUAACUCGCAACUGGAGAGACGCGGGGAAAGGAGCUCCGUACAGGGUGUCUUUCCUGGGCCUUUGCUUCGCGAGCUGGUCCGGCCAAAAGUGACCUAGAUCGGGAGGGGCCGCUUGUUUCCACAAGGAACGAGUGUAGAGACGUGCUCCGGACAGGCACAUGUGAUCCAGGCCCACUUGAUCCAUCCUGAUCUUCCCCAGAUGCGUUGGACUGCUCUUCCGCAGCCAGCAGAGCCAUGAGGGCUGGAGAUGGGAGAAGUCUAGCUGAAAAAAGCUAGUAAGCGCAUGACCUGCCACAAACGUUAUAAAAUACAGAAAAAGGUACGAGAACACAAUAAAAAACUACGAAAAGAAGCCAAAAAACAUAAGCACAAGAAGCCAAAGAAAGAUCCCGGAGUUCCCAAUACUGCUCCAUUUAAAGAAGAGAUUCUUCGGGAAGCUGAACAUAGGAAACAACAGCGUGAAGAAUUGAAACAGAAGCAAAAACUUGCUCGUCAGAAGGAAUUCGAAAAGAAACGCAACCAACAAGCAAAUAAAAAGGAUGCAGGUGAUGAGAAAUCAACUACAAAGCAAAAAAUGAAAUCUAGCCAGCAGGUCCAAAAAAAUUCAAAGAAAUCAUUUUGUGGGGAGUUAAAAAAGGUAAUUGAGGCUUCAGAGGUCAUACUUGAAAUCUUGGAUGCUAGAGAUCCUCUAGGCUGCAGAUGUCCACAGGUUGAGCAACUUAUUGCUCAGUCUGAUGAAAGAAAAAAAAUAAUUUUGGUUUUAAAUAAAAUUGAUCUGAUACCAAAAGAAAACUUAGAGAAUUGGUUAAGUUAUUUAAAUAAAGACCUUCCAACUAUUGCUUUUAAAUCUGCAAUGCAGAUAAAAGACAGAACUGUGCAAGAGAGAAGAAAGACAAAAAAGAAUAGUGCAUAUCUUGAAUUAUCAAGAGCAAGUAAAUGCUUUGGAAGUCAAUGCCUCCUGAAACUUCUUCAAGGAUAUUGCAUGACUAAAGAUGAAGGAAUACAGGUUGGGGUGAUUGGUUUUCCAAAUGUGGGGAAAAGCAGCAUAAUCAAUAGUCUGAAAGAAGUACGCGCCUGCAACGUGGGACCGGAGAGAGGCCUAACAAAGUCCAUACAAGCAGUGCACAUUGACAAACGUAUCAAGAUGUUGGAUAGUCCCUGUAUAAUUGCAGCACCUUCAUGCUCUGCUCUAGCUUUAGCACUGAGAAGUAUCACAAAUGCUGAAAACCUACUUGAUUCAGUAGAUGCUGUUCUGAAGCACUGUAAGAAACAGCAGAUCAUGUUACACUAUAAUAUCCCAGACUACAGGAAUUCUCUGGAAUUUUUAACUUUGCUCGCUCAAAAAAGAGGAAUGUUGAAAAAAGGUGGUCUUCCUGAUACAGAAGGUGUGGCUAAAUUACUGCUCUGUGACUGGACAGGUGCCAAAGUUAGUUACUAUUCUCGACCUCCUGAACCAUGGACUCCAUCUCCAAAUCUUUCAAGAGAAGGAGUAGCAACAGUGCAGGAGGGUUUUAAUUUUCAGGAAUUGGAAGAAGAUAACAAAAACACUGUAAAAGCUAACAAAUACCCUAACCAGGCAAGCACUAUUGUCUUCCAAUCUCUUGGCUUCACGGAUGGCAUCAUGGAAGAAGAUAAUGAACAGCCAGAGGAAGCCCUGGAAUCAGAGAAUGCGGAAGAUAAUGAUGAAGAAUUAAUUGAAGAAGAAAUUGAGGAUGAUGAAAAUGACCUUGAUGUUGUGAAAGAGGAAAAUGGUGCAUUAGUGAGUAGUCAAACCCUCUCUGAAGAAUUGAAAACAAAGAAUGCCAAUUUGGACAAGUUAUCUAUAGAUGAUAAAGAACUCAAAACCAGUGACCUGGAUGAUGCCUAUGACUUCAAUACUGAUUACAUGUAAAGAAAAUAUGACAAAAAUCCAAGUAUUUUUCACAUUCUGGAGUGAAUUCCUAUUCUGAUAUCCUACGGUUUUUUGAAGCUACCGAAUAUCAGAUUCUUGUAAAUAUAUUAGAAACAGCAGCUGAUAAAGGAAAGAUACUUUCUGAUGUAGUAAACUUUGUUCAGUAAAUGCUUUGAUCACAUGUACUAUAAUCGGAAGUAAAAUCAAUGUUUUAUAAAAGCAGAAUGAAGCAACAAUUUAGACUGUAACCUGUGGAGGGCUUCUUGUGUUUUAAAUACAGCAAGUAUGGAUAACAUGUCUUUCUGCUUUUCAAACUGGAAAAAAACCCUGAACUGCAUUGCAGAAAAUCCUAUGGUGGAAUGAAAAUCAUUUUUCUUGGGUUUUUUCCCCCUCUCUACAGUUGUAUGCAUACCACUAAGAUGAAGGUUGCAGCCUAUAAAAGGGUAAAGGAAUAGGGUGAAGAUUGCUUUUUUAAAAAAUUAUGCACUUCUCAGAAUCCUGUAGCCUCCGUUCCAUCUUAAUAAGGCAUAAUUAUGUUUGUAUAUAGGAACCCAUAAUGCAGUUUUUAGGAAAGUACAUGUGUAAUUAGAAAAUAUAAAGUGUACAUAUAUUUGU